ACCAAACUAGCAUACUUUAACAACGGUCUACCUCUAAUAAAAUAUGAUUAGAGAAGUUUGAUUAGAGAAGCCAAUUAAAAGGUCGCAAGAAUUCCAAGUCAACAGUAAACAAAAGCGUACCAUUCUUCACUAAAAAUCUGUCUGUGAGAUGUCCUCUUAGUUCUGUCAUGGAAAGAACUCAAGAACUCUAUGUCAAUGGUAAGCAAGAACUCUCGUAGUGUAGACCCCUUUGGAAAUCAUCUGAAAACAUGCAUAGUAUCUGAUUAUUUUCCAUGAUAUAUGUUUUCCCACCUUUCAUCGUGAAUUCUCUAUUUCUCCUUACUAUUUCCUCUGCCCUCCUCGUGGUCAACAGUGAUUCAGAAAACACAGCAAAAGUGUCUAGAGUAAAAUAUGUAAUAGGGAUCAUAUGUACCAUUGGUGCUUCUGUUGGGAUUGGACAGCUGCUAUCUCUGGUACAACUGAUCUUCAGGAAGGUUUUAAAGAAGCAAACAUUCUCAACGGUCAUGGACUUGGUCGCAUACCAAUCUCUAGUUGCAAGCUGUAUGGUUCUCAUAGGACUUUUUGCCAGCAGAGAGUGGAAAAAUUUAACAAGUGAGAUGGAACACUACAAACUGGGAACGCCGUACGUUAUGACUUUGGCCUCGACAGCUAUAUCCAGGCAAGUCUACACCACUGGUGUCGUGGGAUUGAUCUUCGAGUCGUCUUCUGUGUUCUCCAAUUCCAUAACUGCUGUGGAAUUGCCUAUAGUUCAUGUAGCAGUGAUUGUUUUUCAUGAUAAAAUGAGCGUGUCAAAGAUCUUCUCCAUCAUUUUAGCUAUCUGGGGUUUCAUUUCAUUUGUCUAUCAGCACUACCUCGACGAAAAAAAGUUGAAGACUAGGUACACAAGUCCUGUUGGAGGUCCUCACCUACCUGUUGAAGAAGAUCACACAAACAUGCAAAGUGUAUGAUCAGGCAUAUAUUAUAUAAAGCUCAUCUCUCUGUAUUUAAGAAAGGAUAAAAAAGAGGAACUCUGUUUGGCCAACUAGUCAGUGAUAAGUAACUGAUCAUUUUGUACAUAAGGUACUGAUGUUUCCUACAGAGAAAUAUGUAAUAACAGCAAGAUGAUUAAAGCAAACAUU